CGGUGGCAAUGCCGCUUGUCGUCAGUGACCGCCCGAUCGACCUGCCGUCGUCAACCGGCGAUUUCAUCGAGCGUUACUCGCAGUUCAAGGAAACUGCAAAAUCUCUCCAAUCUAAACCAGUGCGCAAGAUAGAUCGUAAAGGGCUUUUGUAUGUUCAUCAAAGAGAAUUUGCAGCAACAACUCCUCAGGAUGGAUACAGCAUGGGUGAUUUACUUCAAAUUCAAAGAAAGUAAAAUUUCCAUUGAGCUCUUGGAGCAGAGAUGGGAGCGCACAGGUUCUGUGUCUAUACUUGGUACAGAAGAUGCAACCACUUGCCACAUGGUAGUUCUGCGACACUCAGGGAGUGGGGCUACAAGUUUGGGACAUUGUGAUGGAACAGAUACAGAAGUGACAGUGUCUUUAAUGUUAAAUGCGGUGAAGUCCUUGUCAGUAGGAUGUGAUUCUGGAAGGUAUGAGGUUCACCUUGUUGGGGGAUUCAUUGAUGAAAGGUCGUUGUCUCACAGACUCACUCUUGAACUUCUUGAAGCUUUCAAUUGUCAGCCAGAGAACAUUCAUCUGGAAACGUACUGUUUAACAGAACUUAAUGAUGUAGUGAAGCAAAAUAUCCAUUGGCCUGUAAUUUAUGGGAUAGCUGUAAAUGUGAAAACGGGAGAUAUUUUUCGUGCAACUUUCCCAGACAGAGGACCAGAUGAGAUUAUCCGUACUGCUCGUAACUUUUUAGAAGGUUCUUCUUCCAAGAUCAUGUCAGUUUAUAAUGCAAAAGAGGAACAACUGCAGAUUGAACCUUACCAGUGGAAACAAUUUACAGCUGCUCAGUUCUGGUUGCAGCAGACUGAUCAAGUGAUACUACAGAACUUUUCAACAUCUCCACUUGUUGAGCCAUCACACUUCGUUAAACAUCAGAGGUCCAUUUUCCAAUUUCUGUCUCGCUAUCCAGAGGAGCCAUUAUUUCCUAAGGGUAGGUCCAGGAUCUACAAAAAAACUGCAGAUGGUUUGUGGGAGAGGAUUGACUGUGCUGCCUAAUGUUUUGAAUUUCAGAGCCACUAACACCCAAGUGCUUUAACUGCUUCUGAUCACAAGUGACACUGCAUAAAGAGCACAAGAUGGAGGCAUGUUUAUGCACGUUUAAAGCAGUUGCAGUUUCAAAAAAAUAAAUUCCUGAACCAUUUUAUCAGCUGAUCAUACACUAAGUACUUUUAUAAAGCUUCAGCAAUCAAUUUAUGGACCAUGUAUGCAGAAUGUUCUGGAGGAAAAAAUAAGCUUCAGGGUUGCAAAGGUGGGAGUUUGCACAAGAAAAUUGAAUAUUUUACCGGAGCCAGUAAGUCUGGUGAAUACUUGCAAAUUUAUUGAUUGAUUUAUGUAAUGAUACAAGAAUUAAAAUAAAUUACAAUUUU